CAAAACUGGCUCGAGGGAGGGAGGGAGGGCGCGGGUAGCAGAAUGAGAAGGUGCGCCGGCCCGAGGAGGAGAAGGAGAAGAGAGGAGGAGGAAGAGCAGACAGAGAGCGAGAGGGUCGGCAUCCGUCUCUCCUCUCUGGAGGGCGGGCGACGCGAGGGCCUCCUCUCCGCCCUGACCGGAUCAACGCGGCUCUUACCAACGAUUUUUCUUUGAGACUGUUUACAAGAGAGAGCUGCGGAGGACAGCCCCUCUACCUUCUGCGCCGCCCACCGCUGAGCUUGGGAGCAGCAGCCGACGAGAGGGAGGCUGCCAAGCAAGCUCUUCCCCCUUCUGCGAGCCGGCAGAUCCGGGUCUCCUGGUGGUGGCAAGACUGACGUGGUCAAUCGAAUCAAAACAGAAGGGGAAGGGAAGCGCCGCCGCACACCUGGCGUGCUGAGGUUGCGCAGUCGCCUCUUGCUAUCUGCGGCUUCACCACCGAAUCAAAGCCGCCUCUUCCAGCCAGCAGGGCAGACCGGGCAUCCACUAUCACGGCCCAAAAGGCUUAUCCGGAUAGCAAUGGCGGAAGGUGGAUUUGAUCCCUGUGAAUGUAUUUGCUCACAUGAACAUGCCAUGAGGAGGCUGAUCAACCUGUUACGACAAUCCCAGUCCUACUGCACAGAUACGGAAUGCCUUCAGGAACUGCCAGGACCAAAUCCUUCUGCUGAUCAUGGCAUCAGUGUUGCAAUGAUAAUGGUGGGCUGGCUGGUUCUGGCCCUUGUCUUGUUCUUGAUGAGACCUGCUAACCUAAGAAGAUCUAAUGGAGCUGAAAAGCCAUCCCACCUGCAUAACGGACAAGAACCACCAGCUCCACCUGUGGACUAGAGCACGCUGGAAAAGUUAACAGCUGUAAUGUUGCACGACCAAAUGACCGAAAAUGACCAGAAUACUCGUAAACCCCAUAUAAUAUUGUUCUGUUCCACAUAUUUAAAAUCCUUUGCUUUUUCUAUUAUAAUUCCUAGACGUUUACAUUUGAAUAAACCUAUGUGGCAGGAGGUGAUAGGUAUUUUGGUGAUGAUUGUUGGACUUAUAGACCUUGCCCAUCAGUCCUUUCUGAAGGAAAAUUAAAACCUCCGUAUUUAUAGUUAGUUACUGUGUUUCAAACUAAUUGUUCUUUUCCUAGUUUAAAGUUACAAUGUUGAGUGCACUCCACUGGCAACUCCUCUGUGUUCUUUAUACAGUUCAUUCACCGGGGUUUGCACAGAAGAUCCAGUAAAUUGUAUUCAUUGACUGGACUUCAUAUAGAAUAAUCCAAAUUGUCCUUUAUCAGAGUGACUUUUAAUUUGCUCUGUGCCUACUAACCAGAACUUCAUAUGGCACAUAGGAAUUAAUCUAAUAUUUAUAUUUAUGUUAGUCUUGUCCAAAGUUCAUAUGAGCUAAUUAUAAGGCCAAAUUAAAUGUAUUUAUUUUAAACUAGCAAAUCAUCCAAGAUGGUGUUAAAGACAAAGCCCAAAGAACCAAAGGCUACAUUCUAAAACAGGAAUUAUUUACAAAUUUCAUAAAAUAAAAAAUAUCUAAGGCAGGCAUCUUGUAGACUUCUCUGUGAUGUUAACAAUAAUCUACAGUAACCCUUAUUCUGUGAUUUUCCUGGGUCUGUCCUGACUUUGGCUUCCUCAUUCACUUCAAUGGAGGAGGAGCAGUAUUGUGUGCAUAAAAGGAUUAACAUAUGAAAUUGCUCUCUUGAGUGGAAAUUGAGCACUUCAGUACAUAUUAUUCAAAUGUGAUUGGAUUGGACACAGCAGCCCAUUGGACACAGUGAUUGGACACAGCAGCCCAUUUCCAUUUUGAAAGUAAUGGAGCCAGAUUCAUUCUAUACACUUGUUUGAAAGUGCAGUGGGUAUUGUGUCACUGGCUUCACCUGGUAGGAUGAAUCCUUUGUGACUUGAUCCUGCUCUGCAAGCAGUGUACUUUGGAUAGAAUUUACCAGUGUCUGGUCCAAUCUAGCAUAGAAAACUAUGAGAUUAUGUGAUCACUACUUUAACCUUAAAGCCACUGUCAGUGUUUGCAUGAUUCAGUCCUAAAUAUUGUAUACUUGGAAGUAAUCUUUACCAAGGUCAAUAAGAUUUAUAGUAAAAAUUAAUCAUAAGGGUGCUUUUGCAAAAUACAUUUGAAAAAUAUUCCCAUGUCUGUGCAAUCACAUCAUUCCAACUUGCAUUAUUUAUUUUCAAAUGUCAACAUUUUUAUACUCUUAAGAAUAGCAUAGCCACCAUUUUCAAAUAAAGAAGAGGCUGUGCUUCUAUAGUAAGAGGCCAAAUGUUAUUUUUAUUAAUGGCAAGAAGUGGCAAUCAGCAACUAAUAAUGUAUAUUUUUAAAAGCAUCUGCUCAGAAAAACAGGAAGGAUCCUUUGAAAAUGUGGUCAUUAUAUUCAGAAACUGCCAUUUGAUUUUUUUUUUUAAAGCACUGCUUGAUGCAUCAUAAACCACAUUAAUUGUGUUCACAAGUUCCUCACUCCCUAAAAUUUGAGACACAACAUUGUUGUCUUAGGGUUACUUCUGCUAGCGCGCUGAGACUACUUGUUGUACAAGUGUGGUUACUGAAUAAAUGUUGCUUCAUUUUUUAAAUUUUUGUACAAAAUUGAAUUGAAUUUCUAACUAGAAUUUAUGUGUCAUUCUGCAUAUUACAGUGAAUGAAGUGGCACAUUAUAAAAUUUUUGCCUGUACCACUUAUGGUUGCAGGUGGUGAUGUGUGUCGUAUUUUGAAUGCUCCCCCAUGUGAAAGUAAAGUAGCAUAUUAGGCAGAGGAACAUGAUGAAUCUUUCCACUUGAUGUGCUAGCUUACGACUUGCUUUUUUCUUCUGUGAAAGAACAUUCAAAUGAUUACCUUCCCACCUGCAGUUUUAAGUGGUACCAUCCAUAAUUCUGCCACUUAAUAUGUAUAAUGUGAGAAUGGCUCUAAGGCUGCAAAUGUUUUUGAACAGACGCUGUAAUGAUACAUGAUUUAUAGUUGCCAGCAAUGGAAUGUAAAACUUGCAAUUAACAUUCUUCUCAUGUUCUGUCAAUAAUACUUCCUUAUGUACUUAUUCUUGGAAUGACCAACAAGAAAAAUAUAGUGAGAUUGCUUGGAUGACUUGAUGUGCAUGAGUAUUUGAGAGCAGGAGAUUGUCUCUUCCAGUUUAAUUAAUGGAAAGUUGUAUGUACAUUAAUUUAAAAACUGCAUGCAGUCUAAGCCUAUGCAGGCUUACUUGGAAGUAAUUCCCAUUAUUUUCAGUGAAGUUUAGUUCCACAUAUAUGUGUGUAGGCUUGCAGCCUAAAAGUCACUAAAAAUUCAACCCAUUUUUCUUGAUCACUUUGUGGGGGGAAACAGUAUAAAGUAUCUAUGUUCCCAUGCAGACAUGAAACUUCUUCUUCAACAAGAUUACAGUAGUAAUUCAGCAAGAUUAUAGCAAAAUAGCAUACACCUAUUUCAAUAGCCUGAUAGUACAAACCUCUGUUUGAUUUAAUUUUCAUACUCAUUCAGUCCUGUACUAAGUUUGCAUUCAUUGGGCCUAGAAUAAAGAUCUCAAAGAAAAAAUGUACACACCUUCCUUAGGAGAGAAGUGUGAAAAUUAUAUUCGUUUCAUGAUGACUGCUGUAGAAUAAAUCUACCCUAACAAGACUUUCCAACUGUGUCAUGGUAAGCUUUGCACUGGACCCCCAUCUCUCAUGCCCAGUAUGGCUGAAACCAGACAAAGGAAGGUAGUUCAGCUGGUGGUGCUCAUGUUCAUGCUGAUCCAGAGGCUGUUAGAUCAAAAGCAAAAUCCCAGUGUUGCUUGUCCACGGCAUACCUGAAGGUAGUGGUGGACUAAACUGACUAGCUUCAGAGAGCCCUUUCCACAGAGUUAUCUGCCAUGGAACCCGAGUGCUGCAGAGGAUUUUGGGAAGAGUGUAUGCACAGCUUGGAUAGGGUGCUGCUGGCUAGGAUGUUGCUGCUACUGUGCAUGAGCUCUGAGCACACACCCAACACUCCCUUGCAAUUAGGCAUAUAGAGGAAGAUCGCAGUAAGCAAGCUGCCUUUCAGAUAAAUGUCUGCCAUUAUUGAUCUUUUCACUGAGGAAAUCCUGACAAGCUUCCAAGGAACUUCAAGGUGCCAACAAAUCCUUCUGAAAACCGCUGCUCUAAGAUUUUGGAUAGAAGGCCACUGGGGAAGCAAAAUGCUUGUUCAAAAUAAGGACUGUCAACUGGUGUCUAUUGUGUGUUUGGGGGAAGGGGCCAUUGUCUGGACAGAUGCCCACAUUACAUUCUGCAUGUAGUCUAAUAUGCAUAACACAAUCUGGGGAGAGCUGGGGGAAGCAGUUUUCCCCUUUUGCAAUUACUGGUGCCUUCUUAUUAAACUCGCCUCUCACUUUAAGAACCAUAGUAUCAGAUCUGAUCCACAAUACAUUAGGGUCAUUGCUCAGUCAGAAAACACAGAGGAUAAUAGUUACUUGAUGGGAAUAAGAAAGCAGGUUUACAGUUUAUUUUUUAGUUUAUAACAUUGUUAAAAUAUGUAUUCUGCUUUAAAUGUGCAAACUAGAGACAAUAUGAGACAUCUGUCACUGAGAUCUCUUGUGUCUUGUUUGGUAAAGUUAAUAGUAGCCACAAGGGUGUGGGGAGAAUCAGCCUGCAGUUGUGGCCACUGGGGAAGGGAGCUUUAACCCUCUCUCUUCCCCAUGCUGUCUUCCUGAUUGUUUGCCCUGCAGGGCAGAGGGCAAGAGCAGCAUUUGAGGUGAUGAUUUAACUGGGAAAAUUCUACAGCGGGGGGGGAGGGGGGAGGAGGAUUAAAAUGCAUUUCUUCCAGUGCCACAGCCCCUAUCCAGUCCCCCCUCCUUUGCAGGUAUUAUUAACUUAAUUUUAAAUAUGCAAAAGAGCCUGACUGUGGAUCUUCAGUGCCACAUUGUGUUUGCCCUUAGAUGCCAAAAUUAAGAUUCACAUUUUUAGAGUGUCUACAGAUAAUUUAGCUUUAGUUCAUAAUGGUAAUUUUCUGAGACAAAUAAAGGUGAUGGAUAAUGUGAUGUUUUUAGUGUGAAUUGAUGUCUUAAAUCAUCUGAAUCAUGCCAAACAAAAAUCAUAUCUGCCAUUUGAGAUUUCUGUUUAAUCUUAUACUGAGAUUUGGUUUGGGAUAAAGGGCUUGUACUAUGCACUUUUUAUUGAACUCAAUAAAUAGUAGCCAUUAGUAA